CCGUGUAGCACUGGGCCCCACGCUCUCCCGGCCACCCUCGCCAGCCCGCUCUGCACUCCGCACUCGCCUGCUCGUCCGCCCCGCGCGCCCUCGGUGCUGCCGGUCUGCAUCCCUCCACCCCGCCGGCACCAUGCACCUCUCGCAGCUGCUGGCCUGCGCCCUGCUGCUCACGCUACUUUCGCUCCGGUCCUCUGAAGCCAAGCCGGGGGCGUCACCGAAGGCCCCGCGAACCCCCCCGGGAGAGGAAGGGACCGAGCCCCAGACCGCAAGUGGCAGUCAAAAGAAGGGAGACAAGGCUCCCGGGGGCGCCAACCUCAAAGGCGACCGAUCACGACUGCUUCGGGACCUGCGCGUGGACACCAAGUCGCGGGCAGCGUGGGCCCGCCUUCUGCACGAAAACCCCAACGCUCGCAAAUACAAGGGGACCAACAAAAAGGGCUUGUCCAAGGGCUGCUUUGGCCUCAAACUGGACCGGAUCGGCUCCAUGAGCGGCCUGGGAUGUUAGUGCGGCGACCUCUGGCGGCGGAUGGGGAACUUGCUUGCCUGAGCUGAGGUCAUCCUGGGUCGCCAUCUGAGCAUCUGAAGCACCUACAAUGCCAGUGGAUUUCACAUUUCUCUCUUUGGUGUUUUGUUGUUGUUGUUUCUUUCCUGGUACUGGGAGUACGCAACACCAGCUGUUUUGUUAUCAUUUGGGGAGGGGGGAAGUAUGAUUUUGUUUGAUUUUUUUUGAAAAUGAAAAAUAAAAAAUUAUAUUAUAUAUAUAUAUAUAUUAUAUACAUGAAACUCACACCUACACCACCUGGAUGACAAGAGACAGUUUUUAAGAGACUGACAAAACCAGCUGUAAAACAUUGCUAUUUGUACAUUCAUGUCAUGCCUAAAUGUAUUUAUGUUGUAAAGCUAUUUAUAUUGUUUAUAAAGAGAUAUUUAUAAAAGUUUUAUUUAUGUAACUAAAUGAAAGAAGUCAAUCAUUGUCA